CUUCCCGCGGCUACGCAAAUUAGGGUUUUGGAGUCACCGGAUAGAAAAUCGAAUUCCAACCAAAAUUGUACCAAAGGUUUUGCUUCCCCUUCUCUCGGCCUCCUUCUCUGGUUAAGUGGUUAUUUGUUCCGACUUCGAGUUCUUCUAUUGGAAAAACGCAUCCUUCGCUCUUAGCACAGAAAAAUGGGCGCAAAGGCGAAGAAAGCUCUGAAAACUAAACUGAAGAAGGUAGCGGCUGCAUCCCAAGCCGCCGAGAAGAAUGAAGCAGCAGCUGCUGCCGAUUACUUGCCUUUAGAAGGUGGAAAAGGGCGAAAGAUACCAGAAGGCAAGCAGGCGGAAGGAAGUACUGCCAAGGCUACCGUACUGUACAUUGGUCGGAUCCCUCAUGGUUUUUAUGAGAGCGAAAUGGAAGCUUACUUUUCACAAUUUGGGAAGAUUAAGAGAUUGAGAGUUGUCAGGAACAGGAAGACUGGAAAAUCUAAGCACUAUGGAUUCCUUGAAUUUGAAGAUCCUGAGGUAGCCGCAAUUGUAGCUGAUUGUAUGCAUAAUUAUCUUCUGUUUGAGCAUCUUCUGCAAGUCCACCUUAUCCCACAGGAGCAAGUUCAUCCGAAACUGUGGCGGGGUUACUUUAAGUACCGACCGGUGGACAGAGUCAAGAUUCAACGCAGGAGGCAGAACAAGGAGAGAACUCUCGACGAGCACAAAAAAAUGGUGCAAAAGAUUAUGAAGCAGAGUAAGAAGCGCCAAAGAAGCAUAGAAGCUGCUGGGCUUGAUUAUGUCUGCCCUGAAAUUGUAGGUGAAGUGUUGCAGGCUCCAAAGAAGAUCAAGUUUGCUGAAGACUAGUCCCUUUCCAGAACUUCAGAAACUUUCCUGCAGGGAAAAGAGCGUCUGUGCUGGCGUAGUUCUGAAUUAGGGUUCAGCUAGCCUUGACAGUGGCAGUGGCUGAAGUUGAUACAGAAAUAGAAGGUAAACAGAGCACCCCUAAAGACCAGAUUGUUUUGUAAGAUGCGUCCGUUGCCUUUCUGUUAAUUUUGACUGCUCGUAUUUCGUUAAUGAAGCAAUUUAAAUGCC